AUGCGUCCUUCUACUUUCGUUGCCGGCCUUGCUGCCGCUGCUGCUCCUGCCAUGGCCCAGAACAUGUCCAUCUGUGACAAGUACACCACUGCUCUGCUCAAGGAGAACACUGGCGCCAACCAAUUGACCCUCUUGACCCUCCUCGUCAAUACUGUUGUCAUUGGUAACUACACCCAGCCCAACAUGAACGCCGUCCCCGGUAUCCUUGCCAAGGGUGACUACAUGGGCACCGAGGUCAACCUCCUCCCCUACUUCAACGGUGGUCUUGCCUCGUCCAACCGUGGUGGUAGCUCUGGUGUCUCCAUCAACUUCCUCGACGAUGGCGGUGCCGUUCCUCUCAUGAUGAACAAGCCCGCCAACAGCACUUCCUCCAACCAGUACAAGCUCAUGACCCACUUGUACCAGUACUUCGGUGCUCUCCUUGGCUGCUCUGCCACUGGCUUCCCCAGCUACGCUGGCUUCGGCUCCCAGGCCGCUGUCCACAGAUUCAUGGACCUCUCUGCUGCAGAGGUCGGCUACUUCAUUGAGCAAGUUGCCCUCGCCGCCUCCUCGUUCGGCGUCAGCCAAGACGACAUUGCUACUGUCGGCAAGGCCCUUAACACCAUCUUCAACGUCCGCUGCGCUCCCCCCACUACUGUCAUCCCUGCCCAGGGUGCUCAGCUCCAGAGCAUCUGCCAGGACGAGACCUGCCCUCUCGCCCCUGAGCCUACCUGCGCCGCCUACCCUCCCACCAUGAAGCCUGCCAUGAGCAACUCCACCAUGGCCGGCUCUGGCUCCAUGUCCAACGGCACCAUGGCCUCUGGCUCCAUGUCCGGCUCCAUGAGCGCCACCGCUUCCCACCCUGCUUCGUACACUGGUGCUGCCGCCAAGGUCGGUGCCGGUGCUGCCGGUGUUUUGGCCNUCGCCGCCCUCGCUCUGUAA